AUUCGUCCAUAUAAAUUUGUUCACACUCGAAUGACGAAAGGUAACAUGUCGCAGUUCCUCUAUUCUCUAACGCUCGUCUUCGUUUUCCUCACAUCAACAAACAUCCAAAUGACAGCAGCCACUCCAUCAUCCUACUCCCAAAACCACAAAAUGUUCGUGAAAACGGCAUGCAAUUCGACAACAUACCCUGACAAAUGCUACAAGUCUUUAUCCACAUACUCCACGGCCAUCAAAUCUGACCCGAUCAAGCUGUGCACCACAGCCCUUAAACUCAACGUGAAAUCCGCAAAAGAAGCGACUUCUGUCGUCGCUAAGCUUCUCAAAAAGUCCCAGAAAUCCGCGGCCGGGCGGAAGAGUAAAAUGGUACCGGAGACGCUGAUCCUCAAGGACUGCCUUGAGGAGAUGGAGGACACAGUUGUUGAGCUCAAGCAAGCGAUUACAGAAAUGAAGACUCUACGAGCUGGUGACUCUAUAGCUGAGCAUAUAACGAACGUUAGGACUUGGGUGAGCUCGGCGUUGACCGACGAAGGGACUUGUAAGGACGGGUUCGAAGAGGUGAAAGUGAAUAAAGAAACUAAGAAGACGGUGACGAAGGUUGUCCAGGAACUUGCAACAACGACUAGUAAUACUUUGGCGCUUAUUACUAAUUUAAGUUACUAGCGUACAAUUGGAAUAUAUUAAGAUUAUUGUUAAUGA